UUCGAUUGGAUUUGACAAUUGAUGUGAUGAGUUUUUCUAUUUUUGUGGUGUGUUUGUGUGUAGUUUUUAUUUAGUUAGCAGUUAGCAAAUCACUACGUACUGCGUGGUGAUGUCUGCCAUUUAUCUUAAGGAUUGAUACUAGUCGAGGAAAGCCCGAGGCAUAAUUUAUUAUUUAGGUGUAAGGUGAGGCAUCAUGAUACGGGACACCUUGAAAAAUAUGCUGAGCAGUUGUUUCCCUCAAAAUGUCCUCGAAAAUGUGGUGGAUGCAUUACUUGACAAUGGUAAUGAACUAAGUUCAGAAGACCAGGUAGCAGUAUUGCAUGCAGGAGUAGACCUUGUACGCAACAGUGAGAAUCCCCGAAACAUCACUGUAGGGUGGAGAAUUUUAAGAUGUUUGGCAAAAAAACCAGGUGUGUGCUUUGGUUCAUUGCUGAAUGCAACUGUUAUUAAGGAUUUGUUUAUAGGCACCAAGCCACCAAACAAUCCUCAGGAGAUACUUCUACUUGUAGAGUGGUGCCUUGAGAGGGGGAGCGAUCUAGGUUUAGAACCAACGGUGCAGCACUGUUUGACAGACUUUUUACGCUUGGUUUCAUUUGAUGACAAACUCUUGGCUGAUGUUUGUGUAUUCUUGAACCGUCAUCCAAAAUGUUUGCCAUGUGAAGAGGAGUUGAAAAAGUUCUGCGAAACGAUAGUAGCAUGCCUUUCAUCCUUUGCAACACCUGCUGCUAAACGUGAAGCAAUUCGCCAGUUUCAUGAAAAUGUUUCAAAAAUUGGAGAUUUUCUAACUGAUGCUUUGAAAAAGCGGCAGAGAAAAGAAAUUAUUUAUUCUUGCCUGAAGAUAGUUUAUACAGCUAUAGCUAAUAAAGAUGACGGCAGAGAGCCUUCCCCUAGUUUGGCAGUUGUCUUGGGACUUCUUGAGCCGGAGUUCAUUAGAUGUGAAGUAAAAACUGUGCUUGAUAACAGCACAUCUCAUGAUGUAGUGAGAAAGGCAUUGCAAAUAUUUUGUCACUGGCUGACAGUAUGGCCCAGAGCAACAUAUGUCAAUCUAUGGAUAGAUGCUCUUAUAAAUGAACUUGAAGAAAGAGAGAUGUACAGCAUUCUUAAUGAAGUAACUCUUGAAACCAUUGAUAAACUCUUUGGAUCAAUGCAGUUACCUGCCUUACGGCAAGGAGUGGAGACUAUUGUGUGGCAUAUGCUAUUCUCCAAUUUAUACAAUCACGAAGUGUUUCGCAAGAUUUCAUCAAAAAUUCCGGGUGUGGUAGCACAGUUAAAACUUGAAAAUAGUAAUAAUGCUAGUGCUUCCCUUCGUUUUCUGUACAAUUACUGUUGCAUCAUGUAUGAAGAAAUACCAAAUUUCAAGAAAGAUUAUGAAGAAGUCGUUAAGGCAAUGGAGGAAUUGUCAACAAUCAGAAGAUUUAGUAGGUCCCAGCUUAGUAUCAAACAGUGGAAGUCACCUUUAAAUGGAUUAAUGCCUGCUCUUGAAGUAGCUCCUAUAUAUCAACUAACAGGACGUGUUGGUCUUUAUAAUCUUGGCAACACUUGUUACAUGAACAGUAUACUGCAAGCACUUUUCAUGACAAACAGGUUUUGUUUUGGCUUGUUGUCCAAAGAAAAAAAUUACAAUCAAGAGUUAAUAUGGAAGCUUCAGACACUUUUUGCUUUAUUACUUCAUUCAAAAAGACCAGCAUUAUCGCCAACAGAUUUGCUAGCCAUAUGCCGACCGCCUGGUUUUUUACCAGGUCACCAGCAGGACAGUUCAGAAUUUUUAACGUAUCUUUUGGAUGUGUUGCAUGAGCAAGAAGCAAGGUUUGUUAAAAGUGAGGGAACUGGAGUUCCAACUCCAGCAGUCAAAAUGGAAGUUGACACCGGAGGAGGAGGAGGAGGAGGAGGAGGAGGAGGAGAUGGAAAGGAAGAAGACAAUUGUAUGGGCUCUAUUUCUCGUUGGACUACUGAAGAGGAUCUUUCAGAUGGUGGGGUGCUUGAAAGGAAGGCACAGUCAUUAGCAGACUGUAGUCAAGAUGGCACUGACUCAGAGAAAACAGAGAUUCUAAGCAGCACAUUGUCAGGAUCAGCAGAUAGUGGAAUCCAUUCUGUGUGUGGUGAUGAAGCAGGUGUUGCAGGAACAUUAACAGAGAUUCCUAGCUUACACCUAAGCCUUGUUCAUCAAACAUUUGGUGGAAAAAUAGUCACUUGUAAUGAGUGUUUGACUUGUCAUUCACAGUCCGUCCAAACAGAUACAUUCACCGAUCUACAGUUGUCUUUUCCCCCACAAGAAGAGGACAACAAAUAUGUGUUAGAUGUGCAGAAUUUGCUUGAUUAUUUUGUUUCUGCAGAGAAACUGAGUGGAGAUAAUUGCUAUAGGUGUGAUAAGUGCAGUGCAUUGACUGAGGGACAGCGGUCUGUUAAUAUUUUGCAAGCACCGUCUCAUCUUAUUCUUACAAUAAAACACUUUCAUUAUGAUAGUACCACAAUGCAACGAACAAAGUUACUUCACAAGAUGCAUUAUAAUGAAAGAUUAUUUGUGCCUGUUGUAGCUGCUGGACAGCAACAGAAACACUGUGAGACAUAUAAUUUGUAUGCAGCAGUUGUACAUUCUGGAAGGAGUGUGGAUUCAGGACACUAUUACACGUUCUCACGAGACCAAAGUGGUUCCUGGUUUGUAUUUAAUGAUGAGUCAAUAUAUCCUAGUUCUCUUGAUGAGCUAACAAACCUUAAAGCAGCAGAUACUCCCUACAUAUUGUUUUAUGCAUUACCAAGUGAAAAUCUCCAACUGGAAGUAGGCUCACACCCACUAGAAAAUCUACAACCUCACCUGUUAGAGGUAGUUCUCAAAGACAAUGCUUUAUUCAUAGAACAAAAGAAAGAAGAAAGGCGAAGAUUGUCUAUGGGAACUAUGUCUAAGACUUGGUAUAAUCAAAGAAAACCGGAUGAUGACCCUCCAAGCAGUUGUGGUGGUGGAUCAUCAUUUAGUACAUCAGCCAACAGAGUGGUAUUUUAAAGAUAUAGAGUGUUUAUUGUCUGUAAUUUUUUUCCUGUAUUGUAUUUUCCUUUGCUGUGUGAAUUACCUCAUUAUAUUUAUUACAAUUGUCUUUCAGCAGAUGCAGUUAUGAUGUCUGUGUUAAUACUUGUUAUACUUUGCACUCAUUUCACAAAAUAUGCUUUUCAUAUUUAUAUGUUUGACAGAGGUACUGAAACUGUCUUCCUUUAGCAAUUUAUAUAUGUAUAUAAUGUUCCUGUUCAGCUUUGACAUAAGUGAGCUAUUAAGAAUUGGCAGGAAAUGUUCAUGAAACAUUUAUAUUGUAUAAGAAUAUUGAAAAUUCAGCCUAUUUUAUAUGCAGAGAAAGAUUUUUGUGAACCGUAUGACAUUUGCAAAGGGUUUCUCUUUUGCAGAUCAAAAUGCGGAGCAUAGUAAACAUAAAUCUUUUUUUUAAGAGCUGUUUGUUUGGUUGGAAUUAUUAUUUCGUAAGUUGAUAGUGAAGUGUUUCUUUUAUACUGAAGCAGAUUUUUCAGUGGAUGGAGGGUCUAAAUAUGUAAGAAGCUGAUUCAUUAGAAAGGUUUAAUGGAUAGUACUUCUUGUGGAAUAACAGUGAUCUGAUGGAAGUGAGUAUGAAAAAAUAGACUGAAUAUAAAAUUCACUUCAAAGCUUUCUGUAUAUUUUCUAAGGAAGUGAACAAAGUCAUCUUUAAUAUUCGAUUGUCUCACUUUUUAUGUGAAAUAAAGAAGUCUUUUUCUUGUA